AUGUCGCACGGGCAGAUGGCCUCUCGUCGCUCCUGGCUGGACGUGCACGAGUUCAACGGUGACUUCCGAGGAGGCCCGGCUCGCUUUAGAGUCACAUCUGUCAUUGGCCAUGUGCUCAGCAUUGACUUCCCUCCCAGCUACCAGAGCUGGGAUGCCACAGACCCAGCAUCACUUUUCACUGCCCCCACCGUUAAGACGGAGUCCAACCCCAAGGCGCAUGUGUGCAAGCACCUACAAACGGAGGCCAAGGGGUGUGAUGCACUCGUGCUGUGGCUCGACUGCGAUAGGGAGGGCGAGAACAUCUGCUUCGAAGUGAUGGCGCACACACAGCCCAGCAUGAGGUCACCUCAGAACGUCUUCCGAGCAAAAUUCUCAGCGAUAGGCGAGAAGGACAUUCGGCAGGCGAUGGCUCGACUGGGGGCGCCCAACGAGGCAGAAGCCAAGGCGGUGGAUGCGAGGCAGGAGAUCGACUUGAAAGUGGGGGUGGCGUUCACACGGUUCCAAACACGCUUCUUCCAAGGGAAAUACGGCAACCUCGACUCGUCGCUCAUCUCGUACGGCCCUUGCCAGACGCCCACGCUCGGCUUCUGUGUGGCCCGCCAUCAGCGCAUCACGUCGUUUGUCUCGGAGCCCUUCUGGGCGGUGCGUCCAAUCGUGGUGCGCGAUGGCCGCCAGCUGGCGCUGCAGUGGGCUCGUGGGCGGCUGUUCGACAAGGAGGUUGCAGAGUUCUUUCAAAGGGAUGUAGCGGCAGGCGGUGCUGCGGUUGUGAAGAGUGUUGCAAUGAAGGAGGAGAGGAAGGGGCGACCUACAGGGCUGAACACGGUGGAGAUGCUGAAAGCUGCUUCCAGUGGGCUGGGCAUGGGGCCGCACCACGCCAUGCAGAUCGCUGAGAGACUUUACACUCAGGGUUACAUUAGUUACCCUCGCACGGAGUCAACAGCCUAUCCCUCCUCCUUUGACUACAAAGAAGCCCUUUCAAUACAGUCACGUCACCCCAUAUGGGGGGAGUAUGUCCAAUCUCUCCUCCAGCUCGGGCCCUCGCCGCCCAGGGCGGGAAAAGACGAGGGAGACCACCCGCCCAUCACGCCCAUGCGCGCUGCAGAUGAGGGGGAGCUGGGCGGCGGGGAUGCAUGGCGGCUGUAUGACCUUGUAACGAGACACUUUAUAGGGAGCUUCAGCCCUGACUGCAGGAUUGCAAGGACACGUGUCACCUUCUCAGUGGCUGGGGAGCACUUCUCAGCAUCGGGACGAAAGCUGCUAUCCGCGGGAUUCACUGCAGUCAUGCCGUGGCUGGCGGUGGGGGACGAGGGCCUCCCAGCCUUCGUGCAGGGGGAGAGCGUUGCGCUGAGUGCAGUGGAGCUCUAUGAGGGCCGCACAUCCCCCCCUGACUAUCUAACCGAAAGUGAGCUGAUUGGGCUGAUGGAGCGACACGGCAUCGGCACAGAUGCUUCCAUCCCCGUGCACAUCAACAACAUCUGUGAACGGAACUAUGCUCAGGUAGCACCCGGUCGUAAGAUUGUUCCAACCACCCUCGGCACCACGCUUGUGCGCGGGUACCAGCAGAUCGAUCCGGACCUUUGCUUGCCGGACAUCCGACGGUUCAUAGAGCAGCAGAUCACGCUGAUCGCGCAGGGCAAGGCGGACCAUGGCAGGGUGGUGACUCUCGUGCUGCAGCAGUUCUUUGAGAAGUUCAAAUACUUUGUCAGCCAGAUCGCUCGCAUGGACUCUCUCUUUGAAGCCCAUUUCUCCCCUCUCGCUGCCUCGGGCAAGCCCAUGGGUCGCUGCGGCAAGUGCGGGCGGUUCAUGCGCUUCGUGUCGCUGAAACCAACACGGCUGUUCUGCCCCACGUGUGAAGACAUCUUCAACCUGCCUCAGAAUGGCGCCAUCAAGCUCUACAAGGAGCUCACCUGCCCGCUCGACAACUAUGAGCUGGUUCUUUACUCUCUGCCCGGACCAGAAGGGAAAACGUUCCCUCUCUGCCCGUACUGCUACAACCAUCCUCCCUUUGAAGACCUGGGAAAGCCAAUCACUCCCGCUGCCAGCACCACUGCCUCCUCCUCCAAACCUGCUGCCGUGUCUUCUACCGGACCUACCUCCCAAGCCUCCUCCAGGACAGGCUCGUCAGUCUUCUCUGGCAUGUGCUCCUAG